AUUCAAGCAUUUUGCUCCGCUUCCUUCCCAUACUGUUAGAAUAUGUGCUGCAAGCUUGUCUCGUAACCGUCUCCAAACAACCCCGUUCCCCCACCCCUGCCCCAGCCCGCCGUUUCGUCGAAUGACCCUCUCUCAAUAAGCAAGGACGCCCCUCACUCACAUUAACUCUCGCCCCGUGGCCUUUUAUUCGGGCUGCGCUGACAUUCAGUUCCAGGAAUCGCAGCCUUGUGCGAGAGUUGUUCGGUGGUGCUCGUUUGUGGUGUGUGUGCUGCCAUGUCUCCGUGGUGAGAGAAGGAGGCUACCGCUGUUUCAUCGUCGCUGAGCUCUCGACUGUCUGAGGCGAUUCGUGGAAGCGGGCGCGUCACUCGCAGCUUGGAGUGCCUGCUAACAGCAGCAUGGAGGGGGGAAGCGUGUCUACUUGGGAGCGCAUACAACGCUUACCAGAGCGUUUACAUCAGCAAAUGCAACAGGUGUAUGGCGUGCACAUGCCUAUAGAGGUACGUCGAGCACUCAGUGAUUGGAUCGACAAACACGACUGGCAGACGCUUAAUCCCGACAACCCGGAUGUGAACCAAUAUGUACCUGUCUUAGUACGACAGUUCAUGCAUGAACUAGAGGAGAAGGCGAAUGGAGCGAACGAUUUCGUGAUGCGGAUCAAAUUAACAGAGGCUUUAAAUCAGUUUAAACAGGAUUACAGUAAUGAUCCAUCCUGUCUCAUUCGUGUCCUACGCAAUUGCGUCAUAUGUGAGCAAAAGAUUAUAGCUCAGUAUGAGGCAUCCUCCGGGCAGCAAGGAUUAAGCCUUUUGGGUAGUGUAUCAGAUCCAACACUUACGAUUCUCCAAGAAAUGGGUGACUGUCGGCGUAAUGCACAGGUUAUGGAAGAUCAGAUAAAACAAAUGCAACAGAAGGAAGAGGCGUUCGUUAUCCAAUAUCAGGAUAUGCAGAAGCGUAAUGCACAUCUGCAGCAACUACAAGCAAAUGGUCAGUCUGCUGAGAUUAUACAGCGUACUCAACAGGAGGGAGCCCAAUUUGAGGCUCUUAUCAAAGAGAGUGCAAGAGAACUGCACCAAGCUCGACUGAGCUUUGAAAAACGAAUCACAGAAAGUGUGCAGCAACUGGCGCAACUCCAACACCGUAUUGUCGAUACUCAGCUUGCCAACUGGAACCGAGCGCAGCAGCUUGCUGGAAACGGUCAAGCGUUUGAAGAUAAUCUAGAUCAAAUUCAGGAGUGGUGUGAAGAACUAGCAGAACUGAUUUGGCGGCACUUGCAACUAGUGCGCAGGCUUGACUUUUUGAUCAAUAAAAUGCCGACCACCUCCGGGGCGACCCUGAAAGAGAAUUUCUCCCAGUUGGAGAACCGAAUCAAGGUUCUGCUAUCGGUGCUUGUGUGCGGGACUUUCGUGAUUGAGAAGCAGCCUCCGCAAGUGAUGAAGACCAAUACACGCUUCUCUGCUACGGUUCGUCUGCUUGUGGGUGGAAAACUUAAUGUGCACAUGUCACCACCCCAGGUGAAGGUAUCUAUUAUUAGUGAAGCACAGGCCGUGGUUCUUGCGCGUAACGAUGGGUAUCCAUCAAACGAAGUCUCUGGAGAGAUUUUGAAUAAUAUCGGAGCCAUGGAGUAUCAUCAAGCUACAAAGCAGCUAUCCGUCUCAUUUCGUAAUAUGUCACUAAAAAAAAUUAAACGUGCAGAAAAAAAGGGUACGGAAAGUGUCAUGGACGAAAAAUUCUGCCUGCUGUUCCAGUCAAUUGUCAAGGUAGGAGACAUGACGUUCUCCGUACAGGCUCGAUCUUUACCGGUCGUUGUAAUUGUUCAUGGGAACCAGGAGCCACACGCUUGGGCAACGGUCACUUGGGAUAACGCUUUUUCAGAACAACAGAGACAACCAUUUGUAGUACCUGAGCGUGUACCGUGGAGUCAAAUGGCACAGGUUUUAUCAACAAAAUUCCAAUCUGCGACUGGUCGCGGUCUUUCGGAGAGCAAUUUACAUUUUCUCGCAACCAAGGCGUUCCGUAACUCAACCUUAGGCCAUGAUUUCCGUGAGCAUAAGCUAAGCUGGGCUCUAUUUUGUAAGGAACCACUUCCAGACCGCGGGUUCACAUUCUGGGAAUGGUUCUAUGCGAUAAUGAAAGUCACGAAAGAACAUUUGCGCCUUCUUUGGAAUGAUGGAGUCGUGUGGGGUUUUGUAAGUCGACGCGAAACGGAAGAUAUGUUACUUAAAAAACUUAACGGCACAUUUCUACUGCGCUUUUCGGAUUCUGAGCUCGGAGGUGUCUCUAUUGCCUGGGUCGCCGAGAAUGAAAGCGGCGGUAAAGAAAUUCUUAUGGUGCAACCCUUCACAUCCAGGGACUUCCAGAUCCGCAGUCUUGCAGACAGGAUAUCGGACCUUCAUAACAUCUUGUACCUCUAUCCUGACACGGUAAAGGACACAGCGUUCGCUAGGUACUACACGCCUGCAGUGGGAACGCAGCCUGGUCAAAAUAGUAACGGAUAUAUUAGGCCAAUGCUGAUUACCCAGAUCCCUGGGAUUCCACAGCAGUCGACUUUAGAUUCAAACCCAGCCACCCCAGUACCUUUCUAUCAGCACUCUGAGUCGACAAUGUACCCCGCAGGAUCGCACGACACGACGUUUGGGGAUCCGAAUUCGAUGCAGCUUUUCGCACUUUCCGCUGCACAAAACUCGGCCCAACCCCUGAAGCGACUCCGCGAUGAGGAUUUCUGCACGAUGCAGCAAGUGUCCAACUGACGGCCCGCUCAAACGCAGGGUCAGCAUCUCCAAGAUAAUCGUAAUCAACAAGCAACUACAGGAACAACCCAAGCACAGCAGCACCAACAACGGCUUCACCACUUGCAAAAUAAUUCAAGCACCACCGCCUGCAGCAACGGUACUAACAACAUGGAAUCGCAACAGAAGGCGGAUCGUGAUAUCAACACCAUUCAGGAACAGACAAAGCAUCAGCAGGUGUCGACCAUGUCCUGAAGUCCUUCCGGAUAAGCCAUUUAUUAAAUUAUAAUCGGCUAUAAUGAGGGAUAGCAAGUCAUUAGUGAGCAUCUGCAAUUAUUUGGACGAUUCAUAAAUGUUUCAUCCUGUUUAACAUCGUCUCGUCGUCUUCAACUAUCAAGGCCUGAUAUACAUAUAGUAAAGGACCAGCACGCAGUUAAAUUUCAAGGGAAGGACUAAGAAGAUGACCUCACGGGAGCAGUAUUAUGGAUAUAUACGUCCGAUUUAUAUAGAAAUGCCACUGUACCAGCUUUGUCAGAUGCUAUGCCGGCAUAAUUAAGGAAGCUGCAGAAGAAUUUUAAAACACUAAGGCGUUGAAUACAAUAAAAGGUGCAAUCGCCGUGCAAUCCUAAUGACAUCAACGAAAAAAAGAUUAACACUUGGUUACAAUACUUGGCUUGGAAACAUCUUCGGAAGUAGUAUUUAUCAGCAAGUGUAGUCAGUAUUGCGCUCAUACUGAUUCUUAUAAAAGAGUGAGAUUAGAAUUCCGAUUGCCCAUUUGAUUCAAAGUAGCAAGCGUGCGAACCGUAGACUCCCUUAAUUGCAUUAGGCAUCAUCGCAAGCAAUUUCUCACCAUCAAUGACAUCUUUGAUAUAUGUCAUAUCAUUUUUUCUAUGUUUUGUAUAUGACAAUUUUGUAUUAUCAUCAUGAUUUAGUUUAUAUGCAGACAUGCAGCGCGUUAUCCAAGUAGCUGUAUAGUACUGCGUUUACGCGCCGUUUUUUGAUUUAAUAUAUUUAAGCAUGGUAGAUAACUGGAUUGAGAGGGCACAUGCUGACGCAAACGCUAAUGUAAAAAGCACAUCGGCACAUGUUGUUUUAAACACAUAGCCUAAUCCACCAGUCAGUUGCGAAAUCGAAGACCUAAAAUAAUUAUAUUUAUAACCCGUUUGAAACCUAUGGUCUAACAAAUGGUAUCAACUAUUGUACAUGUUAACAUUAAGCUAUGGUUUACACAACAGGCGUGCACGUAUUAUAUACAUAUUAUACGUUCACGUUUAUUGUGUAUAUAUAUAUAUAUAUAUAUAUAUAUAUAUAUAUAUAUAUAUAUAUAUAUAUAUAUAUACAAAUGUCUUCAACAUGACAACUGUGCUUACAAAGGGUAAAAAUAAGGGGUCUGUAUUUGACGAAUGCGUGCUAAAUGUGACUUUUCCUCAAAUCGUUUAUCGUCAUAAUACACGUGAGAUGUGAAUUGAAGUAAAUAUAUACAUGAGUAUCUAUAAAAAAAAACAGGUAGGACCGAUAAUAAACUACCAGGGGCUCAUUGGUAACGCUUAUCAUCUAUUACCAUAAGCCCAGGGCAGACUUAAGGGUCGUAUAUCAUUGUGAGUGUCACGUAACAGUGUAUCGAACGAAUUGAGUGUACCAUUGUGAGAUCACGAUAAAACCAAAUAAAAAUAUAAUCUUAUUUGUGCAGAACUGAGUUUUAA